AUGAGUAGUAACAUUCAAUUGUUUAUUUAUUUUUUAUUUCUAUUAUUUAUAUAUAAUUUAAAUGGUGAGUUUACUCCAAAUACAGCUGAUUUUAAUUCAUAUGGUGUAAAAAUUGCAAUGAACGAAUUUGUUUUCAUUGAAGUUCACAAUGAUUAUGAUCCACCAGUAUUUCUCAUUCAAUUUGCGCCUUAUAAUUAUGUAUCAUCAUUCUCACAAUGUUUUAUUAGUUUUCCAAAUGCUCUCAAUCAUUAUAUUUAUACUGUAACUAUUGCUAAAAAUCAAACACAAUUUUUUUUUGCUGGUGAACUGAUUAAUGAUAGAAAUGGUACAUUUGUUGGUGUAGGAAUAUAUAAUAAUCUAUCGACAACAUGUAAUACUAAAUAUUCUUUUUCUCUACAAUAUUUUUAUAACUACGAACAUCAAGAUUAUUAUAUUAUUGAUGUUGAAUCUAAAGGUCGUUUUGCUUAUGGUUUUUCAAAUACAUUUAUGUUUAUUUUUGAUUCACAUAAUACUUCUGUAUUAAAUCUAUGGAAUGCAAAUGAAACAUGGCCACAUAAUACAUUUAUACCUCAUGCUAUUGAUUUAGCUGAUACAUAUGGUGUUAUUGCAGGUUUUAUUCAUAAUCCUACGAAUACAACAGCAGCAGUCUAUUUACCAAUGAUUUAUUUAAUUAAUUUUAAUUCAUCAAAUAAUCGUCCAAUUAUUGUUGAUCAGUAUGAACCUAAUGGUACUAUUGGUACAUGGCAAUAUUUAUUAAUAAAUUCAGAUGCUGAUACAUAUGCUGCUAAAUAUGAUAUGUCUGUUAGUAUAAAUGAAUAUGGAAAUAUUUUAGUUGGAAUGCAAUUUAUUAAUCGAGUUUUUCUAUUUUCUGUAAAUAGAAUAAAUAUAAAUAAAUUAAAUUUUCUUAGUAGAAAUACAAAUGGUAGAUCAAUUGGAAAUGGAAAAAGUGUUGCUUGGUUAGAUAAUGGCAUAGCUGCUAUUAUAGUUAAUACUUAUUCACUUACUUAUGAAUGGUCAUCAUCUGAAAUCUAUUUGUUUGAUAUUAAAAAUGAUGGUUAUAAUUCCAAUAGUACUCCUUUAUCAAUUUUUCCAAAUAGGCAUCAAACAGUACCAUUAAGUCUUAGUUUAGUGUUUAUAAAUAUUGUUUCAUCACCGUCGUCAUUAGCUCUACUUGAUAAUUUAGGAAAUGUACUUAUAGUUAAUCCAACACCAAGCGGAUAUUUUCCAACUGUUAAAGAUACAGGAUCAAUGCCUAUAUUUACCGUACCUCAUAUAUGUUUGCCAGGUACUUAUAAAAAUCGAAGUGGAAUUCAUGAUUGUAUUUUAUGUCCAACGGGUACAAAAAAUCCUGGUAAUUCUAGUUUACAAUGUAUUUCAUGUUUAUCAGGAUCAUUCUGUCCACUUGGUUCAGUUAAUGAUGUAUCACAUUCAGCAUUAGAAACAAUCAUGCAAGCAACUGCAUAUCCGACAUCACCAGAAAGUACAAUAUUCGAUGAAAUUCUUAUUCAAAACAUGUUUAAUAUUGGCUCAGGUCAUUGUUUACUUGUAUCACCUUUAUUUUGGACAUUAAUUGUCGCAGGUGUAGCGAUUAUUAUCAUUAUUAUAAUGGUUGUAUUAAAAAAUUGUGUAAAUCAUCCACGAAGUCAAAGAAUACGAAAUAUAUUAAAAUGGUUUUUUAAACAUACGGAUUUAAUUGGUGAAGGUGAAUUAUGGUUUGGUGGUUUAGCAUCAUUUGCUGUUAUUGUUUUAGUUAGUUUUGCAUAUUCAUUUAGUAAUAAUUUUUUAAAACAAUAUCCAAUCGAAACUUCAUCAGACUCACAUUUUGCAUGUGAUUUAUCAUUACGAAAUGCAAAAUUUCAAACAAAUAUACAAUCAUUAUCUAUUCCUGUAAAAGAAGGUGUACAAAAAAUGUUUGAUUUAUUAGAUAAUCAAACAUUUUAUUUAAAUAUUGAAUUUGUAAAUACAUUAAUUGAUUGUGAUGUUAUAUCAUUACAAGCUUUAUUUGGAACAAAAUGGUCUCCGAUCCGUUGGAUAAAUUGUACGAAUCAAAAUUCUAUUCUAUCAUUAUCUAUACAACUUCCUUAUCAUCAUAUAUCUGUACAAGUUCUUUUAGCUGAUACACAAACGAUUGGAGGUUUACGAAUCGGUUUAUCUGCAGCGGGUGAAGAUAUUGAACCUUAUGAUUUAGAAGAUUUAAAUUUUUAUCAAUCAUUUUUUAAACAAGGAGAAACUUUAGGACAGAAUUUACCGAUUACUCUCGAUAUAACAAAAGUAAUCAAUGAAACAAAUGCAAUGAUUGGUGAAGAAUCAAAUUUUGAUGGAAUAUUUAUUCCAACAUUUGUGGUCGAUAUAAAUAGUUUAUUUUUAACACAAGAUCAAUAUGUUCGUUCAACAUCAACAUUAACAACGUUAACUAUUGUUAUUAGUGAAACACCAUAUUAUGUAAAAAAUUUACAACAACCAAUUGCAAAACGAUCGGAAAUUAUUUUUCAUAAUAUUUUAUUUACAAUUGUUUGUUUGGAAAUUUUUGGUCUUCUAUUUUUAUUAUAUAAACUUUUUUUCAGACCAUUACUUAAUCUAUGUCUUCCUCAAUAUACAACGAAGAAUAACAAAAAAAAAUUACAUCAUGAACCAGAAAUAACUGAUAUGUCAUGUGCUUUCUAA